UUGGAGGUGGAGGUUUUGGAGACUGGAGCGGAAGUGACUGUUUUCUUGCGUCCUCGUUUUUCCCAAUUGUGCUGCCGCCGCUCCAACUGUUCUGGGCUAUUCCCUACGCGCACCAGCGACCAAGUUGUACCAUGAGCCGGCCCAGCCGGCUGCAGAGGCAAGUUCUUAGCCUGUACCGUGAGCUGCUGCGCGCCGGGCGCGGGAAGCCGGGAGCUGAGGCGCGGGUGCGGGCGGAGUUCCGGCAGCAUGCCUCUCUGCCACGCUCCGACGUACUGCGCAUCGAAUAUCUCUACCGCCGUGGGAGGCGCCAGCUCCAAUUGCUGCGCUCAGGCCACGCCACAGCCCUAGGCGCUUUUGUGCGCCCACGGGAAGCGAUCGAGGAGCCCCGCCGUGCGGGGGCCGCUGGAACCUUCCCUGAGGAUGGUGAUGAUACGAGGAGCCCGCUUAACAGCAUGAGGUCACCGGAGACCCCGCCGGAUAGACGGUGACAGGCUGAAGAGUUCACCCGAUGAUGAGGGGCCGGGAUUGGGGCUGGGGAACCAGGGAACCCACCUGAUGGAACAUGAGACCUCUUAAGAGACAAGACUAGCUCGAUGGAUUAGGGGAAUCAGAGUCCUCCUGGCAACGUAGGAUCCAAAGACCACCAUGAUAGAUGGCGAGAGAUGCUUGACCUUGUUCGAGCCUUGGUAAUUUGUCGGGCCUCCUAAUGGGAGCUUGAGGCGGCCUGGGUCCCUAGCUGGCUGGACAAUGUCAAGCUGAGAGCUAUUUGCUCAAAGGCAUGGGAAGCCAGGACGCCCACCACCCCCUUGGACGGAAAAAGACUGAAACACCCUUCUCUUGAUCCCUUGCUCCUGAACUCUCUUUGUAUUUAACUCUGAUAACAGCAGAAUUUUUUUUGCUGAGGUAUUUAAGAAGAUGCUCUGAUGGGCUGUGAGAAGCCUCGACUCCUCCUUUGGAAAACUUUGCAUCUAUUAAUUGGAACAAACCAGGACUGAUGAAGGGGCUAAGCUGUCUCAUCGCAGCGAUCAUUUAAAGACCCCUCAAAACCUCUGCACCUACUGGUUCUAAGGGAGAGCCCUGAUUCCUCCACCCUUCCACCCUAUGGACUGUUGAACAAAAGGAAUAAAGUUGGGAUGUGCUUCCCUGUUGGUGGUCUUAAAAGAUUUUUUGUGUUUGGGGAUGUUUGAUGACACCCUUACUCUCCAAGAAGUGACCUUCGCCCUCGCUGUUGUGGCUCAAUUGGUUGGGCUUCACGCUGCAAAGCAUUGGAUUCCCAGUCCGGGCACAUGCCUACGUUUUGGUUCGGUCUCUGGCUGAGGGCCUGGCUAACUGCAGUCAAUAUUCAGUGAAUGGAUGACACCUUUGCUCCAUUACCCAGCUGGUAGGGUCAAUAUUGCCAAAACUCUGUUCACCCUAUUUGUGGUGACUCCUGGGAUACUACACCUCCUCCUUUGUUGGGGAUAGAGACUUUGCCUGUAUUGGAAACAGGAAAGACCCAGGUUUGCAUCCUGACUUCCCCCUGAACCUGGAGUCUCCCAGAACCUGCUGCUUCCUUACCUUCUUCCCUCAGUGUCCAUCCCCCUCUAAAGUAACAGCUUCUUGAUUUUAUUCAGAGACCCAUUCCUUUCUCAAUUUCAGUACACAUUUUGGGCAAGGCUGACUACAGCCCCCAGGAAAGCAUAUGACACUUUGGAAUUGUAAGGGAAGAGUGACUCUCCCAUUGGCUGCCAAAUUGGUGGGAUGUAUGCUUGGAGGUUUUGAGGGAUACUCUGGCCACCACCCAAUAAGAAGGGAGUCAGAUCAGAGGUAGGAACUGAGAGAUGAAGUUAUCAUUUGAGCUACUGGAUCCAGCUGUUUUUGCAGUCCCUAACUUUUCACCAAAAAAUGAAUUCCCAUUUUUCUUGAAAUCAGUGGGGAUUGGGCUUCAGUCACUUGCUCCUGUGUGUCCUCAGGCCAGUGACUGUCCUCAGCCUCAGUCCUCUAGAGGCUUAGUUUCCCAUUCUGUUAAGUGGGGACAUAUUGUUGGGUGGCUGUGAGAAUUAAAGGAGAGGAUCUGUCUUAAGUGCACACCCAGGAGCCUGGCACAAGAUUCCUGCCUCUGUUUUUGAGUCUAAUUCUGUUCUAUCUCUUGUCCCAACACUUUAAGCUCUGGGAAGUAUUUGAUCUUAGGCACCUGAAGCUGGGUGCUAGAAUCCAGGACUGAGCCCUGGAAAUUCCUCUUGGUGUCAUCAAGACCCAGAGAAGUGGGGUUUCACAGUCCUGCACCAAUUACAACCCAGCCUGGGAGAUCACCAUAUAGAAUGUUUCAACAGAACAUGUGUGUGUAUGCAGGUCAGGAGCUAUAGCAGGUGCUGUCGGCAGCUUGCUUAUGUCACAAGCACCCUUUCUGUACAUACCUGUAGCUUCCUGUGGCAAGUGAUUAUGCUUCUCUGUCUGAGAGGACUUUUACAGACAAAAGAAGCUGGAAGUUCUGGGAAGCUGACAGCUUCAGGAACCAAUGAGAGUUGGGUAGAACAACGUUGAGUG